GUCCCACCCCAGAUAAGCAGGUGGACCCUUCAUUUAUGCGUGGCGACACGCUGCGACGCCUCAGCAACGCUGCCCGCCCUAGAUCUCGACGACACAGAUUGAUUGACGCGUCGACCGAACCGCCUCCAGCGUCCCGCAACUGUCGCGACCAGCACCAUGACGAGACCGCGGCGGCCCUCGGCCGCGAGCGAGGACAGCACGGGCACGUCCCGCGACCAGGAACUCGGGAGCAUGUACGACUACCUGGCGAAGAUCAUCCUGCUCGGCCCCAGCGGGACGGGAAACCUCCUGCACCGCUUCGUCAAGAGUGAGUGGCGGCUGCUGUCGUCGCAGACAAUCGGCGUCGAGUUUGCGAGCAAGAUCAUCAAGGUCGGGACGGGCGCGCGGCGGAAGCGGAUAAAACUUCAGCUCUGGGACACGGCGGGCACGGAGCGGUUCCGGUCCGUGUCGCGGUCCUACUACCGCGGCGCGGCGGGCGCGAUCCUCGUCUACGACGUCACGUCGCAAAACACGUUUGCCAACCUGCAGCCGUUCCUCAACGACGCGCGCGCGCUGGCGUCGCCCAACUUGUCGCUGCUGCUGGUCGGCAACAAGCUGGACCUGGCGGGCGACGCGCCGCUCGGGCCGCCGCCAACACCAAACAGCGCGGGGUCGGCGUCGUACGCGAGCACGCCGCAGCCGCAGCCGAGCUCGCACUCAUCGACAAACACGCUCGGCACGCAGGGGCUGGGGGCGCAGCUCAAGGCGACGGUGGCGCCCGACGGGCGCGAGGUGUCGGCGGUCGAGGCCAGCCGGUGGGCCAGCACGGUCAACAUCCCGGUGACGGUGGAGGUCAGCGCGUUCAGCGGCGAGGGCGUCGACGAGGUGUUUGGGCGGCUGGCGCGCAUGAUCCUGACCAAGAUCGAGCUGGGCGAGAUCGACCCCGACGACCCCAUGAGCGGGAUCCAGUACGGCGACGCGGGCGGGGCGUGGAACGCGGGGGCCAGCGACGGCGCCAGCAUCAAGAGCUCGCUGACGGCCGACGACGUGGGCGGCGGGCGGCGGCGGCGCAAGCGCGGCGGGCCCCAGGCCAUGCGCGAGUGGGAGGAGGUGUUUACGCUCAGCAACCGGCGGCGGCCGCGCGGGUGCUGCUAGCAUGUGUUCCUGCCUGUUUCUUUCCUGAUACCUAUCUACCUGAUACCACCUAUUGCGGUAACACGGGCUGCAGCAUGUAUGGAUUGCGGCAUUCUUUUUGGCAUCGAUUGCGGCAU